AUGUAUUGUCAUCUUUGUUAUCACCCAUUGUACAAAGGUAAACCAAACUGGUGCACUUACUCGGAUUACUUAAAUAAAAAAUUAAAUAUUCCCAAAAAUAUAAAUACUGUCUUAGCAGCAGACAAAAUGACCGAACACUUCAUUGAAGUCGUUACUAACGAUGCACAGGUGUACUUGGACACUUCACCCCCAAAUCAAAUACAAGAUAAUCAGGGUGCCUUACCACUGUUCAUAUUGAAAUUAAUCCAACAAAAACACUACGCCAGACGCGCUUGGCAAAACCAGAGACAUCCUGUAGCCAAAAAAAAUGUUGAACAAGCUUACUAA